GGCGCAGCAGGAUCUAACAGGUAAGUCUCCUACGUCGCAUCAGUACGGCUACUCGAAGUGUAAAGUAAAAGCUAACUCACGUCUCAGUAUCUUGGUCAGAACUGAGACGCUCGGGUGGCUGGAUGCUGCCUUUUAUACGGUAAGUCCUUUUCUAAUCUAUAUUGAAACGAAACAUUGAUACUUGGAAGAUUUCGGCCCCAACGUCACAUCUCUCGUCCCUGCGCCUCUUUUCCCUUGCGCUCGGACGAUCUAUUCACCAUGUCGUUCCUCGCCUUCGGUCUCAUCGGCAACGUUCGACUCGGAGGGUUUGGACGUCGACAGCGAUUCCUCUCAACUUCAACUACAUACGCACGUCUGAUCUCCUUUCGUCCUGGGAUGAGCGACGCUCGACGGAGACUUCAAUGGGCGUCAUCUCGCGUCACCACAUUGCAAGAAGUCGUCGCGUAUUCAUUAUUUGGUAUCUUCAGUGUCCAUGUCCACCUACAGACAUCACCAUCCUCGACUGGGUCGGACAACCUUCCGAGUUCAACAGCUGUCUUCCGGCCUAUAUCACUUCUUACGCCACUCCUCCACACACCCUUCCAUCCCUGUCCGAACGUUCUCCUCCUUGUCUUCUUCCCUUCACCUGCUCUCGUCCAUCGUCCGUAUUCGUCUGAGCCACGUCAGCAGUUGCUGACGUGUGCUGGGUGUUUGCGCAUGGUGUUCGUGGUGUUGGGAACAGCAUGGUGGAGCUCGGACAUCGGUUUGGGCCGCGGCUUGCAUGGGCCUAAGCCCCGGCUUUGGGCCGGCUUGGGCUCACGGCUCAGGCUUGAAAUCUGGUGAGCCUAAGCCCCCCCCAGGCCGAGCCUAAGCCGGGGCUUUGAGCCCAAGCCGGGCCGGAACAUCACUAUCAGCGACGUACGAAGUCAACUGAGGGUAGUACGAGGCGCGGGAACGAGCGAGAAUAUAUAGGUACGAGUAAACACAGGAUGGGCUUCGACGUGUUACCAAUUCAUACCAAUGUUGCAAGAGACCCGGCUGUCUGUUAGCUUCCUGCGGCGCAGUCGCAACCGCCGUCAGGCUAAGGUUUACCAAUAUGAUCUUAACAU